UCUGUAGUCGAAUGCAGCAGUAGUGGAGACAGGGAAUAUGUAACCGGUCUUUAUUUAUCACCGACCUCUCCGUUGUACAGGCUAGUCCAUCCGUGAUGUGUGCGCGCUAUGAGCGGUGGAGGUGGAUAUUCUGCUCAGUGUUUUAGCGUUACGUAGCGGACUAGUUGAGUCGUAACGAAACGACAACACCUGAACUGCCUUCAUGUGUGAUGAACCGUGUCUACUUGUUGUCUAUGGACCGGAUCCACCGUACAACGACAGGUACUGAAGAUAAGUCACCAUAGAUAAUGGGCCUGUACCGACCGGAUAUUUCUAACAUUCUCCUAUAAGGAGGUCAGAGAAACCGGAAGGAUGAAGAUCUGGAGUACAGAACAUGUUUUCAGCUACCCGUGGGAGACGGUGAUCAAGGCAGCGAUGAGGAAGUACCCUAAUCCCAUGAACCCUAGUGUGGUGGGAGUGGAUGUGUUAGACAGGAACCUGGACACUGAUGGACGGCUCCACAGCCACAGACUCCUCAGCACCGAGUGGGGCCUGCCCGGUAUCGUACGAGCGAUCUUGGGGACCAGUCAUACCAGGACGUACGUCAAGGAGCACUCCAUCGUGGAUCCUGUGGAGAAAAAGAUGGAGCUUUAUUCAACAAAUAUAACUCUAACCAAUCUGGUGUCAGUGGAUGAAAGACUGGUUUACAGACCUCACCCAGACAACCCAGAGGUUACUGUUCUGACCCAGGAGGCCAUCAUCACAGUAAAAGGAGUCAGUUUGAGCAGUUACCUGGAGGGAAUGAUGGCCCUCAGAAUGUCAGCUAACGCCAGAAAGGGUUGGGAUGCUAUAGAGUGGAUCAUUCAGAACUCUGAAAGGGAGAACGUUCCUCUAUGUGACCUGUACUAACUCUGGAAGGGCCAAUCAGAGGAGUGUAGACUACAUGAUCAGGGACUAUAUCAUCCUACACCAAGCAGCCAGCCCAGCCAAUCAGAACCCUCUCUGGUACCCAGCCAAACCUCCCACAUGGCAGCUGGGAAUCAGAACCCUCUCUGGUACCCAGCCAAACCUCCCACAUGGCUGCUGGGAAUCAGAACCCUCUCUGGUACCCAGCCAAACCUCCCACAUGGCAGCUGGGAAUCAGAACCCUCUCUGGUGUCCAGCCAAACCUCCCACAUGGCAGCUGGGAAUCAGAACCCUCUCUGGUACCCAGCCAAACCUCCCACAUGGCAGCUGGGAAUCAGAACCCUCUCUGGUACCCAGCCAAACCUCCCACAUGGCAGCUGGGAAUCAGAACCCUCUCUGGUACCCAGCCAAACCUCCCACAUGGCAGCUGGGCAUCAGAACCAUCCCUGGUGCCCAGGCUUCAUAGAGGGCAUCACAACCCUCCCUGGUGCCCAGGCUUCAUAGAGGGCAUCACAACCCUCCCUGGUGCCCAGGCUUCAUAGAGGGCAUCUGAACCUUCUUCCUGGAACACAUGGAUUAUAUGUACUAUACUACAAGCUCAUAAAUAUCAUCCAUCCCAAUGGAAUACAGUGAAGAGUUCCAGUACUGGUGGAUCUCUCCAUGUGUUCAUCAGGACCUCCUGAAGUUCUCCGUACCAAUAAACAAUGUUGCUGGCUGUCAGGUCAACGAUCAAUAGAAACACAAGGGUUAUUAAUACAUCAUCAGAAAGACAGUGAUCAUUGAUCCUUCCACAGAAAGAUAUCCCUACUGAGGGAUUGAGGCCAACGUUGAUGUCCAGGAGGAUAUUGAUUGGAUACAUAGGUGUAUGAUAGAUGUAGGUUGCGUGCCAUUUAGGACGACAUUUAGGAUGCUAUUUAGGACGACAUUUAGGAUGCUACUUAGGAUGCAUAUGUAGUGUGGAUAUAACACCUCCCCACUCUAACAUGUGAAUCACAUAGAAAAGCUACAAAACGUCAUUCUCCAUAUGAAAUGCGGAUGGUAUUUGCUAUGGAAAUCAUCUACUGCCAUACACUGUAUGAAGUAUGCAUUCAUCAUUCUCUUAUGGAAGGUUCUUCAGUAAUCUAUCACAACAUUCUCUUAUGGAAGGUUCCUCCAGGAAUCUAACAUUCUCUUAUGGAAGGUUCUUCAGUAAUCUAUCACAACAUUCUCUUAUGGAAGGUUCCUCCAGGAAUCUAACAUUCUCUUAUGGAAGGUUCUUCAGUAAUCUAUCACAACAUUCUCUUAUGGAAGGUUCCUCCAGGAAUCUAACAUUCUCUUAUGGAAGGUUCUAGAGUAAUCUAUCACAACAUUCUCUUAUGGAAGGUUCCUCCAGGAAUCUAACAUUCUCUUAUGGAAGGUUCUUCAGGAAUCUAACAUUCUCUUAUGGAAGGUUCUUCAGGAAUCUAACAUUCUCUUAUGGAAGGUUCUCCAGGAAUCUAUCGCAAAUGUGAAUGGUGUCUGGUAGUGUUUCAUAUUUAAGCGAGAGUUUCUUUGACAUUUUUAACACAAUGGAUAUUUCUUUGCACGUAGAUAGUCUAGGAUUAUGAAGGUAUAUACAUUAAAUGAAUGUACAGUGACCUCACAUAGAUAGGAAAACUACAGUAGAGCUGACGAUGCAGUAAAAUAUAAAUGUUCAGACAAACUUCAACGGUAAGAGAGAACAACCUCACUCUACAGACCAGGGUGAUAUGUUACAUACCACUGUGAACAGGACCUCGUUGGGUUAGCAAAUGCACUUCAUGACAAAUUGGUAUUUUAAUGGACCUACAUGUAUGUUUAAACUGUGUCUAAAAGGGCAUCCUAGUGCACUACUUUUGACCAGAGUCCACCCUAUUCCCUACAUAGUGCACUACUUUAGACCAGAGUCCUAUGGCCAACUAAGACACUACUUUAGACCAGAGCCCUAUU